CCCAGUCGAGCACGUCGUCGUCGUUGUCUUCCUCCACAGUAAUAUUAAAUUCCAUGAUAAUAAAAAAAAAUAGUAAUAAACAGUCCAGUCCAUAAGGUGAACAAAAAAAAAAAAACGGAGCCACGUGAUACUGUCUUGCUCCAGUGAAUCGUAAAAUUUAAAACAUAAACCCCCAAGACUGAACGUUUAUUUCCUGAGUGUCUUCUUCACUUUGGUAAAGCUACCCCUUGACCACUGGGGUCGUAAAAUGUUUUACUAAAUUUUCAAAAAAAAGUGUUAAAGGUGUUAUUUUCUUUUUUUUUCAUCAAAAAAUUAUUUUUCAAAUUAUCAUUUUAAAAUGAGUGGAUUCAAGAGAAUGCAGAGUAAAGUUUUUUGGAGUCAAAUGGCAGCUCAUGAUUUGGAUAAUAUUCCAUUAAUUGUCAAUACAAAUCCAGAACCACCAACAAUUAAUGUUGAUAAUUCUUAUUGUAAUUUUGGACGUGACAGUGAUACUGAUAAUUUAAGUGACAGUGAAAAUAAAAUAGAUAAUAUAACAGUUAUAAAUAUACCAAUUGAAAAAUCUAAAAAUGAUAAAACAUUAAAUACAAUUCAAGAAGAGGCAAAUGGAAUUUGUGAUAAAGAAAUAAUUGUAGAAAAAUUAAUUGAAAAUAAAAGAUCAACAAGUCCACAUAGUGAGAGUCAUGGUAGUCUUGAUUCUGGUUUUUCUGAUUCAGAAAGAUCAAAAAGUACAGAUGGUACACCAAAAAAAAUUAAAAGACGUACAAAACGUUCACGUGGUAGACCAAAAGUUAAUCCAAGAUUAAAUGAAUUAUGGAAAGACAAUGAAUUACCACCAAAUCCAACAUUUACAUCAACACCAGAUAGACCCCUAUCAACAGCAAGAUCAAGACAAAGUAUAAUAUUUAGCAAUGAAAUACUUUCAGCAUUAGAAAAUGAUAUUAAACAAUCAAAAAGAAUUGUGGAAAAUGAAGAAGAGACAUCAUUGAAAGUACAACAAGAACUAACACAAGAAGCUGAUUGUCUUGAUGAUUUUCUUUAUACAAAAGAACCACCUGAGGAUGAUGUAUCAACUUCAAAUGAUUCAACACCAUCAUUAACUGAUGGUCAUUGGUACAGUAGAUUAUCAAAUGAACAAUCAAACUCAUCAACAGUAUCAAGUGAAAAAAAAAAUAAUGAUUAUCAUGAAGAACGUUGUCGUGGAUCUGUAACAGCUUGGUUAAAUGAUAUUGUUGAAGAUUAUGAAGCUGAAUGUUUAGUUACACUUCAAAGUAAAGCAAUGCCAAAAAGAAAUUUUAUAAAUCAAACAACUGAAGAAGCACAAACAAGAGAUAUUAGAAUGCUUACUUCAUCAGCAACUGCAGCUGCUACUGAUUUACUUGUUCGUGCUGAUAAAUUUUCAAAAAAUAUACAUGAUGUCAUUGAGAAAAUUUCACAUCUUGAAAUUGAUAGAACUGAGGAUGAGCUAUUACGAAAAAUUGAAGGUGAAGCAUUUUUAAUUCUUUCAGAACUUGGAUCAGCACCAUUACGACGAAUAAAUGGAACAAGUCUUCGUUCAAUUCUUUUACAACUUGAGACAUUAAAAAAUAUUGUUAAUUGUGCAUUGGAUACUCGUUUAGAUUUUUAUAUUGAGAGAGUUGUAAGAGGACUUGAAGAUGCACCAAAAGAAUCUGGUAGUGCAGCAAGAGGUGCAUUAGCUGCACUAACAGCACUUGGACUUGCUGGUGUACGUGCAAGUAAUAGUAUUGCACGUUGUUCUGGUAUACGUGCAUUAUUAACAUCAUUAAUAUCAGCUGGACGUUUAUCAAGUGAAUUACGUGCAUCAACACUUCGUGCAUUAUCAACUGUCUGUUGUUGUCCACUAGCUAUUAAUCAUUUUGUUAAAGAUGGUGGUCCAGAAAUACUUGUUGAUUUAAUAGCAUCAAAUAAAUCACCAGAAAAAGAAAAAAUGGAAGCAACAGCACUUGUUGUACAAGUUACAGCACCAUGGACAGAUGCACUUGGUUUAAAAUAUUUAGAACCAUAUUCAUAUAUACUUGUUAAUAAUUUAACACAAUUAGCUGAAAAUACAAAAUGUGGACAAACAUUAUUACUCGCUUCAGCUGCAUUAAAUAAUUUAGCUAAUUCAAAUAAAUGUAUUUAUGCUAUUGUUGAAUGUGAUAGUAUUAAAAAAUUAUUAAAUCGUGUUAAAAAAUCAACUGGUGUUAAUAUAUGGUUAAUGGAACAAGUUGCAUCACUCAUUGAUAAAUUAGCAAAAAAAAAAGAUAUUAGAAAAUAUCUUGAAAAAACAAGAGCAUCUGUUGCAUUAGUAUUUUUUUUAAGACUAGCACCACCUGGUUUUGAAGAUGCAUAUGAAAGAUUAUCAAUAACAGCAGCAACAGCAUUAACAAGAUUAUGUGUUGAUCCAUCAAUUGCAAAACAAGUUGUUGCUGUUGGUGGUGCUGAUUGUCUUCCAAAUUUAAAUAAACCAUAUUAUAAUGAUGAUGAUGAUGAUGAUAAAAUUGGACUACUUAAAUAUACAAAAAGUUUAAGAUUAGCUUGUAUUAAAGCAGCUAAACAUAUUGAUGCUGCUAAAGCAUUGGACUAUUCAUAUGGUCAAUGA